UUUCUGGCGCUUUCUAGCUUCAAGCUAAAGUCAGAAGAACUUUUGGCGAAUUUUCUAUUGUUCAAUAAAAUCUCUGCAGAUUUAACAACAGGGAGAACAGUUAAUUAUAAACACAAAGACUUGAGAGAUACUAGUGAAAAUGUCUACAGAUAACAGUCUAUCAGUUCAUUUUUAUGAGUAUUUGUGUAAGAAGAUUGGUUCUAAGGAGGAUGUUAGAGUAAGGAGAUUGGAAUAUGUUAUAAGUGACCUUUGUUAUACUGCAAUGCCAAAGUUAAGUAGUGGAAGUAAAGGUGAAGGACUAGACUUAAAAGGUAGUGACUAUGAUGUGAUGUAUAUUGCUUCACUAUUUACAGUUUAUGAAUCAGAAAGAGAUGCAGUUUUCCCAUUCUAUCGAAUUCCUCUAGUUAUGGAUACAGAGGAUACACCUCCAUGUUUCACACAAUUACGUCAUCCAGAUUACUAUACUUUCAUUUCAAAAUCUAUAAAACAAAUACUACAAAAGACUUGUAUAAUGAAUAAGCUCUCAAAUGAACUAUAUCUAUCUUAUUUCCAAUCUAUAACAAAUGGCCAUCCUUAUUGCAGUAAAAUUCAUGGACCAUGUUUAUCAGAUCAGGAUGAUCUAUAUGAUUUUGCAAUUUGCCUUAAAUGUGAUAAAUGGGUAACUCAAGCCAAACCAUGGGUCAGUAGACCACGCACAACAUGGCCUACACCAGAACUUAUUACUAAAAUAGCAUACUGUGGUGUGUUAUUUGUUCCAAUUGGUUGCAAAGGGUCCACCAAUGAAAAUCUUGAAUGGAGAAUGUCUUUUUCUGUUGCUGAAAAAUGUCUUAUAUUCUCCUUCAGUCAUACUCAGUUAUUAGUCUAUGCCUUGUUAAAAAUCCUUCUCAAAGAAAUUGUAGACAAGCACCAAGAUGUGAAAGGUUUAUUGUGUUCCUAUUUUCUGAAGACUUUGAUGUUUUGGAUCUCAGAAGAAUCAGAACCAUCAAUAUGGAGACCAGACAAUAUUAUACCAUGCUUCAUGGCUUGCUUACAAAGGCUGAUAUACUGUGUUGAAUAUUCAACUUUAUUACAUUAUUUUAUUCCUGACAAUAAUUUGUUUUAUUUACGAUUUAAUAGUGACAACAAACUUAAGCUGACCAAUAUCUUAAAGAAUUCAUAUGAACAAGGAAUUCACUGUUUCAUACAUUCAGAGACUCUGUAUGAUUGUAAUAGACUACCCAUAGUAAUUAACAUCUCAAAGAAGAACACUUAUUCAAUGCAUGAUCAUAAGAUAAGUUCAAUGGAAAAUUAUCAUGUAACCUUGUUAAAAAAUUUGCUAUAUCAUUCAAGAACAUCAUUAUCAAGAGGCAUAUUUACAAUAUCUCUUUCACAAGCAUAUCAGUUAAUAACUGAGACUUUACAACAACGACCAAAUUCAAACAACAAACGUCAAUAUUAUAAAUACAAACAUAAGCUAAGUCAUCUAUUGAUAGGCACACAAUCAGAUGCAGUAUCUGGAUGGCUGUUGCUGGCCUCCUUCUUUUAUUUUCAUAAAAAUUACUUAACAUCAUUAAGUAUACUACAAUUUGUUUUAAUAGAGAAAUUGACAGUGGCACACAUUUCCCUGGGACAUUCGAAUGGUGUAAAUCCAAUCCAAGAAUCUGUGAUGGAUAAAUUAAAACAAAAAAGACUGCAUACAGUAUUAAAAACACAAACAUAUUUUUCUGUUCACUUUAAUAGUAAGUCCUUAUAUGUUCCACAAGAACUACAAAUGGAUGUUACAGACCAUCCUAUAAUAAUAAAUCCUGAAGUGUUUGGACCAUUUUUGACUUUCCUGUGUUACUACCAUCAAGGUGACAUUACAUCAUGUAGAAAAUAUCUCUAUAUGUUACAUCAGACAAUUAUUUUAAACAUGACAUUUUACAUGGAGGUAUUACAUAUUGAUUCCCUAAUCUGUCUUGGUAUUGCAUAUCAGAUGAUUGGUGGAACAAUAAAGGCAAAAGAUUGUUUUAAGCUUGCUGUUGUGUGGGAUGAAUUUAAUCAAACCAGUGCAGUAAAAAGAUUAUCUUCCCUUUGUUAACAAUAUUACUGGUAAAACAAAUCAGAGAAGUUACAAUCUUUAUUUCAUAUUCUGAUAGAAAUACAUGAGACUUGUUUUUUUUUUUAAGAAAUACUAAAACAAAAACCCAUCAAACUUCAUAGAUAUAGAGUAAAAA